UGCGCGAAAAAGUGUCGGGACUCGCACACACUUCCACAUGAACACACGCACGCACACACGCGUACGCACACGGCCACACAAACACGCACACACACUCGUAUAUAUAGUCACGGGCCGUUCAGGUAAAAGCCAGGUGGACGGCGGCAACAGGUAGUGGGGUGAGGUGUUCAAUGCGAGUGGCUGCGUCGGUGUUCAAGCCCUCAGAGACACGCACCUGUUUGCCGUCUGCCAUGACCUGUUAGAUCAACGCUUUAUGGCCAUUCUUUCAACACACAAGAACGGAGCUGCAACCAUGACGAUGCGCCGCAUGCUAGUGCUCUGCUCCAUCUUUGCCAUGAGCGUGAGGACCACCAUCAGUACGGGCGCUUCUGAUGAAACACACCGGAGUAAAAUUGAGACUUCCAAUUCAGUUAGGGGGAAGCCACAGAGCCCCGCGACGCCGUCUCCUGUGCUGGCCCUCCUUCCCAGCAACACCGAUGAAUCAGCUGAGAACGCACAGCUCCUCAAGUCCAGCCACGAUUCAGUUCCUCAGAAUUAUGCCUGGUCGCUAGCUGGCAAGCAGUGGCAUGUAGAUGUAAAAAGAGAUAUUAGUGAACCUGUGAAAGUGAUGGAUGCGACUGAUGACCUGGAAGAAACUGUUUACGAUGAUGAGGACGUCAGUGAUAUCGGGAGCGACGUCUCCGACACGCACAACGACGAUUCUCUGAUGUCUGCCCCGACUGAGUUCCUCGACAUCCUCGACGUCCUCGACGUCCCACUGUUUCUGGAAUCUCCUUCGAAGCGCGGAGGACCCUACUGGGUGGCUCGAGGCAAGAAGGGCAUACGCGACUACAUUCCCUUCUACUGGGGUUCCAAUCAGAAUAUUCUCGGUAAAACUGCCUUCAGUCGCUCUGCCGCCUCGCAGCUGCUUCCCCUCCGACCCAGCGCUCCCCUUCAGAACGAGAGAAGUGGCACGGAGGCGUCUCAAACCAUCAAAAGUUCCGGUUGGGAGUCUAACCAGAAUUUUUGGGGCAAGAGAAAUAACGGUCCCUUUUGGAUUUCUCGAGGAAAGAAGGGAAGAAACGAUGAGCCCUUUAUGCCGGGGCUCAAAUGGUACAGCGGGCAUCGGUCUUGGGGCUCAAAUCCCCCGUACUUUGGAAAGAGAAAUACUUUGCCAUAUGCACGAUUCCAAGCAAACCAGUUAAUUGCCCAAAAUGUGGACAGAAGAGAGGACAAUGGACCCUUUUGGCUGAGUCGAGGCAAGCGAUCGCAGACUCUAGACGAAAAAUUUACUCCCUGGAUGUUUGAAGAGCUCAGCAGAGGCCAGUCAAAGAACUUUUGGACAGCACGAGGCAAGAAAGAAGAGGAAGGUGAAACCAGGCCUUUCUGGAUCUCAAGAGGAAAGAAAAAACAGGGGACAACGGUGACCCGCGGAGCGUCAACCCAAGACGUUACCAACCCAUUCUGGGUUUCAAGAGGCAAGAAAAACCACAGUCCAUUCUGGGUUGCGAGAGGGAAAAAGGAAAAAGACAUCGGCCUCUGGGAUAAAGGUGGAAAAAUGGAUAAGCCAUUUUGGAUCGCCAGAGGGAAGAAAGCUGCUGAGUCUACUUUCAGGGAGAAAGAUGAAAUGGCUGACAGACCAUUUAAGGACGGAAGAUGUAAGAAAGAAAGGGAAGACAAUUCUUUCUGGGUCGCCAGAGGGAAGAAGGAAAGAGAAGAUAAUCCCUUUUGGGCUGUGAGGGGAAAGAAAACUGAAGGAAACAAUCCAUACUGGAUAUCCAGAGGAAAGAAAGCAGAUGCAGGAGACAUAUUAGACAAUUCAUAUUGGGUUACACAGGGAAAAAAGGAAGGUUACGAGAAUCCCUUCUGGGUCUCUAGAGGGAAAAAAGAGGAAGUAGCGAACCCCUUCUGGGUCGCCAGGGGAAAGAGGCCUACACAUGAGCCGGCGGAAAAUGGGGAAGAAGGUGGACCUUUCUGGGUAGUUCGAGGCCGCAGGGAUUACGAUCCGUAGACCCAACAAGGAGACUCGGAGCAGCUUCUGCAAUUCAUGGAUGUAGUGCUUGCAGACGAUCAAAAUAAAGCACAGAGAAGAAACAAUGACAUGCCGGUCUCUUCCUCAUAUACAUCGCUGACCCUAAGGGCUGGUCCUGAUCAGGCUCUCCGAAUUCGAAGAGAUUAAUCCUGACCAAUAUCCCUAAAAGACGAAUCCCGGACAUAACAUGCUGGUCCCGAAUGAUUAGUCCUGGACUUUAGUCAAGGUCCGAGAGAGCGCUUAUAUAAAAAAUAAAAAAUAAAUAAUAAAAAAAUGAAAAAAACACCUUGCAUGAAAGAUUCAUCCCCUUAGAUCAAGAAGUCUUUACACAGUAAUAGGAUAACAGUGAUAAGAGGUUAAAGAAAGAGCUUUCCCUCUCUCAAAUCGUGAACAAAACCCCAUGGUAAUUGAGGACAUGAUUAACUAGCUCGGGGACUUUUUUUUUUUUUUUUUGUACUUUACAUCAAGAAUAGACGGCGUUUACUAAGUCUUUAAAGCUAUCUUUUCUAUAGGAUACACUACUAGGCACCAGUCCUCAUAAGUGAGAGUGUGACAGGCAAUAAAACGAAGAGAGGACGAGAGAUAGAAAAGGAAAGACAAAGAAGGGCAGAUUAAUAAUGAGAGAAUUUGCCGUCUGAAAUACAAUAGCUAUUAAUUACUAUGGUGACAUUGUUGUUGCUCGAAUCUAAGUGUAUUUUUUUUUCACUGCGACUGCAAAUUCUGUCUAGAAUGAAAUAACAGAAAUUGACUAGCACCUGCGCAGUUUUUUUCAACCUUCAUUUAUGCCUUAACAUAUCAGAAAAAAACAAAUGUAUGAAUGAAAGAAAAAAAAAUGUGUAAGGUAUUUCACACAUCGAAACAAGACAGCUAUAAUUGUUUAUAUACUUGGGUGUGUGUUUGUGUUUCUUGCAGUGUGUGUGUGUGUGUGUGUGUGUGUGUGUGUGUGUGUGUGUG